AUGCUUGGAGACCUGCCAUGGCCGUACAGCACCAUUACCCCCACAUCAUCCGGCGCAGUGCGCGGUCGCCCGCGCAGCGGUGCCUUGUACCGCUAUCUCGUCCUACCGGGUAACGAAUCCGUACUGCUACGGGAGGCCCUUGAAAGGCGACCUUGGUGGGAACCCGCGUCCUCCUCGACUGCCCAACAGGGCCCCAACCAACAGCAGCACCCACAGCAUCAGCAGCACCAACAGCGAGCAAGUGAUAAUACGUCUAACUGGAAUUUGUGGGCGGGCCUAAACGGACAGCGCUUCACGCAGUGGGAUGUGAUGCGGCAGUGUGGGAGUGGGAGUGGGGGAAACACAGAACCCACCUCACGCCGCCUGGUCAAUCGGCUCCAAGAACACAAAGUCAUCUGCACCAAGAGCGGCCUAGCGUCAGUGCUGGCGGCAAUACAAGCUGCUGCCGUUGCUACUACUGCUACUGCCGCCUCCGCCGCCAGCGCGAUAGAGUCCAGCGAAAUCAGAUCCAAAACUGGAUCCGGAUCUGGGUUGGAUACAAGUUGGAUUCCGGAGACUUACGUCGUACCGGCGGGUCCGAAGGCGGUGGCAACGGGAGGGAGUUCGUUGGCGCUUUUCAAAGCCGCGUUCUCUCGCCAUGCAGCUGCUGGUCGGCGAGUGUGGAUUGCCAAGCCCACGUGCUUAAACCGGGGGAACGGCAUCGAGGUAUUUGACUCCCUGGACCGUAUCCUGGAGCACAUCAAGGGCCGACCCGCGGGCAGCAGCCUCAUUCUGCAGAAGUACAUCGAACGCCCCAUGCUGCUCGGGGGCCGCAAAUUUGACAUUCGAGCCUACGUCCUAGUUGGGCCCGAUGGCAGCGUGUGGUUUCACAGGGAGGCGUACGUCCGUACAUCAUCGACACCGUACGACAGCUCCGACCUGAGCAAUCGCUCCGCACAUCUCACCAACGAUGCUGUACAGAAGCAUCUGGACACCUACCACGCGUUUGAGGACCACUGCAAGCUAUCGCUGGAGGAUCUGGGGCCCGCUUUGAGAGGAGGUGCACCUGCACCUGCACCUGCACCUGCACCUGCAUCUGCUUCACAGACACCAGCAGCACCAGAAACGACGAUGACGACGACAACUUCAGCAACAGCAAUAACAUCACCAUUGACGUCGGAACCAGCAGCGGGCCCCACAGCAACCGCAACCGCAACCGCAAGCUCAGUGGCACUGGACACUCGCCCCGGGUGCGAGUCGGGUCUUUGGGGCGCUAUGCGGCGCUGUGUGGCCGCCUUGUUCUCAGUGGCCGGCCCCCGCCUGAACCCCCGGUGUCUGGUCCACUGCUACGAGUUGCUGGGCCUUGACUUCAUGCUGGACGACGAAGGGAAACUUUACUUGAUUGAGGUGAACACCUCCCCAGCUCCCUUCCGUGCGGGUGCCUAUCUGAGCGACCUGCUACCUCGCCUGAUAGAGGAGGUCGUACAGAAGGUGGUUGACCCGGUGUUCCCUUCACCGCCGCCGCCGCCAUCACCGCCACCAUCUCAGCCAACGGGCGAGGCGGCCGCCGGAGAGCCGGAAGUAAAACGGUCGGCGGCGGAGGCGGCACCAAGGUCGCCGUUGCUGGAUGGCUUUGUACGAGUAGAGCUGGACGAGCAACUGGCUGCUGCCGCCGCUGCCGCCGCUUCCUCUCUGACGUCGAGUGGCAAGGCGGCGGGGAGCAGGAGGGUUGCCGGGUCGCCGCCGGCAGUGGGGUUGAGCUUUAUGGGCGGGGCGACGUUGCUGCCGCCAAGGGGCGAAUCGAAGCCGCCAAGGGCAGCCGCCGCCGCCGCCGCCGCCACCGCCGCCGCAGCAGCAGGGGGUCGAGGUCGGAAUGGCCGCCCGGGCACAAAGUAA